AUGGAAAGAGAAACUUGCAGCCAUUUUGUUGCCUCCACAGGAAAGAAAGAAAAUUCACCCGGCGUCUUCAAGCACUACCUCCGUUGUCAUCGUUCAGGCAUGUAUGCAGAAGUUCCAACAGAAAAGCGUCAACGGCAAAAGAAACAGCAUGGCAGCUGCAAGAUAGACAAGCAUUGUUUUGCAACACUUGAUGUCACAGAAAAAGGCAACCAAGUCUUCGCAGAAUUUCAGAGGCAGCACUACGGCCAUUUAAUGGAUGUCUCACACCAGAGGCUCUCCGUCGCUGAAACUACAGUGCUUGCAGGAAAACUUGGACAAGGAGUGCCCCCCAAAAUCAUUCUGCAGAAAAUCCAGGAGUCUUCAUCCACAAACAGUGACCGGAUGAAUCUAGUCACAAGAGAGGACCUCCGGAACAUCAGCGAAAAAUUCAAGAUCACAAAACAAGAGCAGCGACAUCCGGAUGACUUUAUAAGUGUUGAAAUGUGGAUAGCUGAAAUGACUGAAAAGAAUGGGGCAAAGGAGGCAAAUAAUGACCUGGUAGACUUAGAUGAAGCCAGUCAGGAAGACGGACACUGUCCUCUUCUUUACUACAAGAAGGUGGGUGACCCAAGGGACAAUGACGGAAACUUUGAGCUAGCUUUAAUGACCUUCCCACAGAUGCAACUCCUGCGCAAGCUAGGCACACAAAAACUGUGCAUUGAUUCCACACAUGGAACAAACAGAUAUCAUUUCCAAUUAACAACCCUGCUCACCAUAGCUGAAGAUGGAUCUGGAAUCCCAUGUGCUUACCUCAUAUCUAAGAGGGUGAACACAGAAACUAUGGCAACAUUUUUUGAAGCCAUUCAAAAAAAGGUUGGUGUCAUGCAGUGCCAGGCAUUUAUGUCAGAUGAUGCUCCAGUCUAUGGAAAUGCAUGGGAGCAAGUGAUGGGGCCUUUGCCGAAGCGGCUGCUAUGUGCCUGGCAUGUGUUGCGUAAUUGGAACACACACAUAAAUUCAAUUACCAACAAAGAGUGCAGAAGCACCGUGAAAGACAUGUUACAUACUCUGAUGAAAUGCACGGAUGUGGCAGAGUUUGAGCAGAUGCUGCAGGCAUUUCUAAACCUUGGAUCAAAAGAGCGAGAAACAGAUGGCCUCACUCCCAAAGAGCUGGAAGAACUUGAGAAGUUCAUAAAAUAUUUUGCAAAGACCUAUGCUACAAGAGCACAGCAAUGGGCUUACUGCUACCGGAGCAAUGUUGGCCUGACUACAAACAAUCACAUAGAGUCUAUGCACAAGACUCUGAAAUAUUCUUACUUUGCUGGCAAGGUAAACCAACGGCUUGACAGGCUACUACUAGUAUUGUUUAGCUUCACAGCAGACAAAUUAUUCAGUAGGGCAAUUGCACUUGUGAAAGGCAAAGGAGACCAUCGAAAGACUGCAAUUUUCAAGAAGCACAAAGCAGGACUUGAAAUUCUGCCAUCAAACAUAGUAAAAGUUGGAGAUGGCCAGUGGAAAGUGGAAUCGCAAAGCAAGACUGGCUCCCACUACACUGUAGAGAGGACACAAGUGAUUUGCACUGGCUGUGAGCUCCACUGCAAGCAAUGCGAAGCUUGCCAUCACAUGUACGCAUGUACAUGUCUUGAUCAUGUAAUGUAUGCGCACAUGUGCAAGCACACUCAUGCAGUCGCUUCAGUGGAGCUGCAGUCUCGCAAGUCGCAGCAAGAUCCAGCCAGCUCUGUAGCGUUCCCUCAGAGCAAUGAGGGUGAAAGCUGCACAAUGAUUGAUGAUGCCAGUUGCCUUAUGGCGAGUGCUCAGAUAAUAAUACAGGGCACAAAGCAGCAUUCAAGCGAACAAUUAAGAGCCAAAAAACUCGAGUCAUUUAAAAUCCAGGCAGAAGCAACUUUUCAAGGGCUAUUGAAAAAGCUCCCUUCAGUUACAUCACAAGAGCUAGAAAGUAUGCAAGAAGACCUGGAUAAAUAUGCUGCGAAGCAUAAGCUUGCAAAUCGAGAACAGCCCCGAGAAAGAAGAUCCGAUUUGGUGCCCGCCAACAAAAACGCUGAAAAGCAGCCGAGAUAUGUAGCACCAAAAUGCAGCAAACGAAAACCUGCACUUGGUCAUCCUCCCACAGUGCUGCAGCAAGAAGCCAUCAAGCGGCGGCUUCUGUCCCAAGAUCAAGAAGAAGAAAUGUUAAUCAUACACACAGGGAAUGACCAUGAUUAUUGCAAACCACAAACUCAUUAAACAACCUUCAUGUUAGCCUGUGGCGAAAAUUUAAGAAGUAUCGUCAAAUCGUAUACUCUCUUAUGUGAAACGUGGAGGCAACUCUGGGCGAUUGAUUUAUAUGUGGGAUUUAACGUCCCAAAACCACCAUAUGAUCAUGAGAGACGCCAUAGAGGAGGGCUCCAGAAAUUUUGACCACCUGGGGUUCUUUAACGUGCACCCAAAUCUGAGCACACGGGCCUACAGUAUGUUCGCCUCCAUUGAAAAUGCAGCCGCCGCAGCCAGGAUUCCAUCCCGCGACCUGCGGGUCAGUAGCCGAGUACCUUAGCCACUAGACCACCGCGGCGGGGCA